GGGAGCGCGCAGAAAGUUUCGUGCGGAGCUCGCGGGCGGCGGCAGCGAUGCCCGUGCUGCGCGGAGCGCUGGGGCUGGGCGGGCGCCGCCGGCCUUAGGAGAGCGAGAGCGGCGCGGGGCGCGGCUGCGAGCCCCCGGCCCGGCCCGUCCUGUCCUCUCCUCGGGCGGCCAGGAGGAAGCGCCCCGGGCAGGGACGGGAGAGCGGCGCUGCCGGAGCGGGGGAGCGGGAGCGGCACCGCGGGGCCAGCCGCGCCGGCAGAGCCGGGGGGAAAGAUGAGCUUGUUGUCAACCAUCGACACCAGCGCCGCGUCCGUGUACCAGCCCGCCCAGCUCCUCAACUGGGUCUAUCUCUCGCUACAAGACACGCACCAGGCCAGCGCCUUCGAUGCCUUCAGACCCGAGCCCUCCUCGUCCCAGCACCCCGACCUCGGCUACACCAAGAGCACCCCGGAGCUGAGCUCCUCGCUCAGCUCCAGCUAUCUCAACAGCUUCUUCCAGCUCCAGCGGAGCGAGGCUCUGAGCAGCAGUCUGUACAAGAGUGCAUCGCCUUAUGGCUCACUUAAUAACAUCGUGGAUGGGUUAAGCUCCCUCACUGAGCACUUCUCUGACCUAUCCCUUUCUUCAGAAGCCAGAAAACCCAGCAAGAGGCCACCUCCUAACUACCUGUGCCACCUCUGCUUUAACAAGGGACACUACAUCAAAGACUGCCCACAGGCUCGUCCAAAAGGAGAAGGCCUGACACCAUACCAGGGCAAGAAACGCUGCUUUGGUGAAUAUAAGUGCCCCAAAUGCAAGAGAAAAUGGAUGAGUGGAAACUCCUGGGCUAACAUGGGACAAGAAUGUAUCAAGUGCCACAUUAAUGUUUAUCCUCACAAACAGAGACCCCUGGAAAAGCCAGACGGGCUGGAUGUUUCAGAUCAGAGCAAAGAGCAUCCUCAGCAUCUGUGUGAGAAGUGCAAAGUUUUGGGCUACUACUGCCGCCGUGUGCAAUAAACCUUCGAAGUGGCCUCCUCCCAUCCCCAUCAUCCUUAAAGAUUCUCUGGCAGCAUGCGAUCCACAGCAACACAACAAAUCAAGAUGAAAGCUAAAAUAAUUGCCAAUAUUGCCUAUCUAAUAAUAUGCCUUACUAUUAAUAGAAUGUAACAUUUCUCCUGUGCGUGUGCACACAUGCAACAGGUAUUUACAGGACUAUGAUUUGUAUACAUAUAUAUGUAAAUGGAUAUAUAUAUGUACACACACAUAUAUAAAAUGUUAUUGAUGGUGUUCACGACAGAACUAUGGUUACAGGUUCUGCUGAUUGUUUACACAGACCCUCUAUUACAGCCAGGUGAAAUGAAGUACUAUUCAAGAGGCAAGGUAUAAUAUUCACAAGGACUUUAUGUUUUAUGUAUGGCUUUUGCAGAGGUUCAGUAACUGUGGGGCCACUGAUUCCAAGCACUCACCCACAACAUGAACGUUGUUCUUAUUAUGUGACAAGACAAAGGAAGAUGAAACAAGCCACAGCAUAAAAGGAGAAUUAUUGUUUUCCCAGUUUUAGAAAGUCUUAGAAUUUUGUGCUGCUGAUUUCUUGGACUUUUUCUAGUUGUUACCAUCUCUUGGGCAAGGCUUAGGCAAAAUAAUUUUUGCAGAAUAUGGCAAGAAAAGUGAAUAAUUGUUUGAGGGUGUGAGUUUGGUAGAAAGGGAAUACCAUAAUGGGACCCAGAGCAUUAGGAAGGAUUCCAAGUGGUUUUUGGAGGAGAAAAAAUUGGCUUGCUUGUGCAACAGAUCCUUCUCUUGUCAUAUAAUCCCACUGAAAUGGUCCCUAUACGUGCAUGGUUUGUUCAUUAGGCCACAAACACACUAAAUUUUCUAUGAACAAGGGGAUAAGAAUACUUAAAAUGUCUAAAACCCUUAAUUGAAAGAUUAGCCAAACUUACUAUUUAUAGUUGUUUUAAAGCCACUUUCUGGAAAUAUUUUUGUCCUGUUUACUACCAUAGACAUUUGUUAUUAUAUGAAACUUGUUAGCCAUAGGGGUGUUUUGAGGCAUGGAGAAAACUCUGUAUAACCCUCCUUUUUUCUGUCUUCCUGAAGCACCUGCACAGCUGAGGAGAAACGUAGGAGUUAUAUUUUGUUGUCCCAUUUUGGGUAGAACUUUGUGCAGGGGUAUCCUGCUGCAAAGAAGCAUCUCAUCAGGGAUUGGCAAACAUGAACUGAAAGUACCUCUUUGUACAGGGGGUAUCCUCUUUGUAUAUCUGCAUGAGAGUACAUUGGCAAAAGGACACAGCAAGCAAUUCACUUGUAGCAUUCAGUAAAAAAUUACAGGGAUAAUGUUUGUUUGAGAUUGGGGGUUCUUUUACAUCAACAGUUUCUAUUUCUAUGAAGUUUUCCUGAGACUGAUUUGUGUGAAUGAUGCUUAGAGAAAAUACUUUAAAUCCUAAAUAACUUGAUGUGAACUAAAUUUGUUCUGAGGACUAAUUCUGUAUUGCAAAGGCAGAGGGGGGUUUAUGCCAAGUGAUAGCAGGAUGUUACCAGUAUGUCCAGUCAAGCUCUUCUAAAGCAGGUUGAAAACUUAUUGCAAGCAUUCAUAUAGGAAAUGGGAAGCUCUUUACAAAUUUGCUCUAGGGUAAAACUCUGGCCAUUUCCCUGCGUUGCUGUAAGCAGGGCAGAAUUGCAUCCACUUAUUGUGGUGGGAGCGGCACAUACACAUCUUGCAAAUUCAUAAUUCAUGGGUAGGCCAGGCAACCCAGCCCACUGCUCAUAACAUGGAGCAAUGGAUAAGCAUUCUGAAUCCUGGCUUCUGACCACAGCUCUUCCAUUAGCUCCCUGAUUUUGGGCAAGUCACAAGAUCGUUCCAGACCUCAGUUUCCCCAACUGCAAAAUGGGGAUAAUAAUACUUUAGUAUACCUACCUCACAGGAGAGUUGUGAGGUUUACUUAACAUCUCUAAGUAUUUUGGCAUCACUGGAUGCAAAGUGCUACGUAAUGUUAAAACAGUAUUAACUGAAUUAAUUACUUGGAAACUACUUUUGCCCAGUUGGCAAUUCCAUCAACUAAAAUAGCUGCAAAUAAUAUUAUUGAAAGUAACACUAAUAAACAGUUCAGUUGCCUCAGUGAAGACAUGCAGGUUUAGCAUUUUCAAAUGCAAAUGCAUUCUUUUGCACAGAGUCACAAAUUACCUUAGAGACAAAUUCUCUCAACAAAGAUACUAAUCUGUCUAUACAAAUAAGAAUAAGAAAAUACACAAGCAAAUCUAGGGGUGGAUUUUCUAAGCUUGACCUCUAGGAUUAAUCUCAAUAGUUUAUUUCAAGCAUGAGUAAUUCUGAAAGAGCAGCAUUCUAAACCAGAUCUAUUUUUUUCCUCUUGAGCACUUAAUACUACAUGAAUCAAAAAAAAAAAAACCAAAAAACCAUCUUGAUGAUUCACAUCCAGCUAAAGGACGUGUAGAGAAACCCCCUUAGAUGAACAUAAGGGAAAAUGUUAUUUCCUUUUUCUCCUUGAAACUAGGAUGUUGCUACCAAAUGUUUUGUUCUGUAUUGAAAUAGCCUCCAUGUUAUGAUAACCACUAGAUCAGUAAAAUAGCACAACCCUUGGUAUAGUGGUAUCGAUGUAUCGCACACCACCAGGUUUGACAAAAAGCUGACUAAAAGAUACCAUUAUAAGCAAGUGUUGGUAUUUUCGUUACAGUGCCCUGUUAAAAAUUUUUUAUCCAGAUUCAACACUGCAAGGCAAUGCCUUUAUUUAGCUUAUGGAUUUUUAGACUGUACUAAAAAUACACAUGAUCUGCUUUAACACAAUUAAUGUCUAUAGGUGUAGCAUAAUAACUCUUAAGAGCAUACUUAUGAGAGUUCAGUAUUUAUGUCACUGAUAUGUUCCUAGUCAGAAGACAUAUGAAGUAUUUAAGUAAUACUUAGCAUAUUUGUAAUAAAGAGGAGAGCAGAUUUUCCCCUGCACUCACUUUGGGGAAAAGUAAAUAAAGAACAGAGUGUGAGGAAGAGCAAAAGCAACACUGCCGUAGUUUGUACUGCCUAAGUCGGAGACCGCAGAUCCCUCCCCGAGCGGGAUGCAGAUGUGAUCAGGCCUUGGGCACCUCCCUGCACAGGGCUGAAACCUCUCUCCCUAACCAGCUGGUGCCUGGGAAAGGCAGGAGCGCCAAGCUCAUGCAGGGGAGCAUUCCUCUGUCCCUCCCUGCGUGAGGUUUGCUCACAGGACUGCAGCACUGGGCCCGGGGCAUUUGCUCCACACUCGAGUCUGUGUAGUUUGUGAGUCGCUUGAAAAACACAUCUGCAUAAGUCAUGUAUAACUGCUUAUGACCAUUGGCCUUUAGCUAAUGGCACAGAAGGGACAUUUCUGAAUUUUUAUUUCAAAGGGAAAAAAAAUUGAUUACAAAAUGUAGAUUUCUUCUAUUGCCUCCCUCCCUUCCUCCCCCCUCAAAGGUAAUUCACCUAUAGAUGUAACUAACUCCUUCCAAAACAAACAUUUAGAUUUUUUGAUAGGAAAAAAAAAAAGGAGUUGGUUUCUCUUAGAUUUUUGUGAAUGCUUCCUGAUGUUCUCUUUAACUAGCUCUACAUUUAGAACAUCAGCUAGCAAUCCUUGAAGGCAUUUGUAGACAGUCUUAGCAGAGGUGAAACAAACAUCAAUAAAAAGAGUUUUAAAUCAAAACAGGUUGCCCUAAACUGAGUAUUGUUUAGGGAUGUACCUGGAUUUUUAACCUCAGAUGCUUGCUGUUGACAGCUUAUCAAUCCAUCCAGCACACACUUUUUUUUUAAAUUUCACCCCUUCUUAGAGAUUUUUUUAAACUUUCAUUUAUUUCUUUACAAAAGAAAAAAAAAAACAAACAACCAAACAAGCAAAAAACCAAAAUGCCAAUUUGUUUCAUUUGUUGGUCAGAACAUUUCACAUUGAAUUUUUCCUUGGCAUUGGCACUGCUCUGGAGAAAAGCACCAGUAAUUUGAACUGUGUGAUGUAGAUUAGCUGCUUCAACUUGAUGAGGCUCCAAUGAAGUUAUUACAAAUACUUCAUUUAAUGGUCAUGAGGAAAAAUACCUGUAGUUUAAAGGAUGGCCCCAUUUUAGCCAGUUUCCACUGCUGCUACCACAGACAUAAAAUGAUGCCACAUAAGCAAAGUUUGGGGCCUUUUUGUCUCAAAGUUGCUUUUUAAUGUCAGAUAAAUACACAAGAGUAUAUAUUAUUUCUGAAAAUAGGUGUAUUUUGAAGUUCCCCAUUAUAUGGGACUUAGUUUUUAAACUAAAAAUGUGAAGUUACAUGUGUCUGAGAGAAGCCUUAUACCUAGAAGUAUUAUCUACAUUUUACCUUUUUGUAUAACGUGAAAUUUAGCUUAUACAUGGGUUACAUACCAUGCAUGACACUCUAGUUUGGUGCGGUUUUCUUAAAAAAAAAAAAAAAAAAAUUAAAAGAUUAAAAUCUAAGAGCUUUUGGAAAUGUCAGACUUCCUAGAUUAGUGGUCUUUGUCCUGAAGUCACGCAGAAAAUUGUUUUUUCCUAGUAUGGAUCCUAAGAGUUGUCCACUAAACAGUAUGACAUAAAUCAUCAACACGUGUUUUUCAAGUUAAGUAGACUGACAUCUAUUUUCCACUUGCCUUUGCCAACAUACUUUAAAGUGAGAUGGAACUAUCCCCAUACAAAAAUCAUUCUUUAAGAUAUCACUCCACUCCCAACUGGGCUUCAACCCAUCACUCUUUCCUAUCUGCAAAACCAGUGCUGUCCAUUCAGUUUGUUACAUCACUCAAGUGCUCAGAGGGCUGUUUGAGAUCUUAGAUAUAGGGAUGAUGGAUUGUGUUUCUAGGAUGAAUUUCAAAGGGACAAUCGUGUGCAGUUACUAGCUAUAGAUGAUUGAUAUAAAUGUUUACCCCUGUAUGAAGUAUUUUACAGUUUUACUUGCAGAUGUGUAUUUAUCUUGAGUUAUACUUGACAUAGAGUUUCUUUCAAUUUUUUUUUUAAUACUAUGUGUGUAUUUUGGAAACCUUUUUAGAUGUUAAAAUUUUUGAAUGGUUACAAAUAUUUCUUAUAAUACUGAAUUGUUAUCUUAUCUGGAAACUCUUUGCAGUAACUUUUUUGUAUAUAUUUGAGGGCCUUUUUAAAAAAGUAUUGUUUGUUUUUUGGGCAAAGUUUUUAAAAUUUGGAAGCUUUCAGAAGGGCCUUCCUCUCAACUAGGAUACUAACAGAAGUAAGAGUUUUCUUAAAUAUUUUGCAGUAUUUUGCAGAACUAAGGAUGUAUCCUCAAGAAAAUAUUUAUGGAAAUAAUUUACUUUUUUUUUUUUACAAUGCUUUUGUCUGUAUAAAGUAUGCAACAGAACUACAUUAAGAAGGAAAUAUUGUCUACAUAAAAUAUUAUAUGAAAGUUGGUACAUAAUUCUGACAAAAAAACCUUGCAAUUCUUUAAGCCAUAUUGUUUUUGUUAUCCUUGGAUGAAAAUAUCAGUAUUAAGUAACCAGUAUAUUAUUCAAGUGCUUAGACUUAUAUGAAAAUGCUUAUACAGUUUAUUUAUGUGUAUUUGGGGAAGGAUUGCUAGAAGAGCUAUCACUAGACAUGUAGCAAGUGAGGAGCAAAUAACAGUAAACUGUCACUUUAUGGCCUUGUGAGAGACACAAAAAACACUGAAAGCACCACAGAGACACAGCUUUCAGAAACUCCGAAGCACAAGUGUUGGGUUUCAAAUGGUGGUUCUUUCCUUUCCCAUAACCAGAGGGGAAGAAAGUUGGUUGGGACACUGUUUAACUUGACUUUCACAACUCUUUGCAAACUGUGAGCUCAACUAUGCAGUAUCGGCUACAGCAAUAAUAUCAAUCAAAGGGUGUAAGAAGAGAACGAUUGAAGUAGAUUACUGUAGGGGUUUAUGUUUAUUUUAAUUAGAACUCAUAGCAAUAUAGAAUAUGCAUGUGCACGUAUUCGAAGCAUUUUACACUUUACAUUUCAUGUAGUUUGAUUAUAUUAUGAAGGAUUGAGUUUUUAGUUUGAUAUUUUACCAUGCUAAAAUGGGAGGUCUGCCCAACCCUGUACUGGAUUCUUGUUUUCUUUAAAAGGUUAUUUAGUACAGCACUCACUGCAUUGUCUAAUAGUGCUAAAACUAACACUAUCUUAUGAAUUUCUUCAGCUUUAAAAAAAUUAACCUAAUGAUUAUUACAUCUGUUUAGCUGUACCCACUGACCUUGUUAGAUUCAGUUGGCAAUUUGUGUAAUUUCUUUUUCUGUAACUGUUAAUAAACUUGUACAGCUAAAACAAACAAACAAAACCAAUGGACAAAGGCCUCAGAGGUACCAGUUCUGCUUCAGCAAUCAAGAUGACAGCUUGCUCAUCUGGUGACUGUGUUGCUAAAGAGACUGUAAAACCUCUGUUGUGGAUUGUCCAUAAAAUGGCAUUCCGACAUGUGCCUUAUUUGCUGGAUAGUAUACAGCUUUCCUCUAGUAUUCUAGCAUUUUAAUGCUGUAUUAAAGUACUGCAAAAAAACCACAAAAAAAA